UCUCAAAGUCCUCCUCUCUCUCUCUCUCUCUCUCUCUCUCUACGUCCUAAUCUCUAAGAAGGGCAUUUUCCGUAAUUACCAACCAAAUACGUGUCCCUUUUCGCUGUUUCCGUUCUCGGAUAACCACUUAACAAAAAAAGACACGCCUAACCCUACUUUGCCCCCUUUACGUUUAAUCGCCGCCCCCCUUUUCGGUACCGAUCAAUUUUCCGCCCGAUUCGUCUUGAUCUUCCCUCUUAGUCCCCAAAUUGAGCCCAGAUCUGAUCAAUUCGUGUUCUUCCCAACCGAUUGAUCCCAGUUUCGACCUCGGCCGUUUCCCAGAUCGGAUUGUAGGGUUAGGGUUUCUCGAGAUCGGAGAUCUUCGUCUCUGUUCGUAGAUCUAGGCUUCGAUUUGAUUAAUAUGGUACAAAAACGUCCUCUUGAUGACGAGCAAAUAUUUGUUUCUUUCAAGCACCCAAGACAAGUGGGACAUAGUAGAGAGCUAGUUUCUUUUUCAGAAUCUGUUUUUGCUGGAGAUGUAUCCAAGCCGCAGACUUCAGAGGAUGGAUUGGAAAGAUGCAACACUGGAGGUGAAGAGAAGCUUUCUGGUGAUGUCUUUGCUAGUCUUCCGAAAGCUGGGGAGGACAUUAAUGCCAGUGCACCUGGCAGCUUUACUAUUUCCUCAUGGACCACCAGCACAACUCGCGAAGAAGAUUCUUUUCCCCAAGCACCAUGUCAUGGAUUUUAUUUCCCAGAGUACUUCAAUCCGGAGCGCCCAAUAAGGACUUUAGCUUCCGAGGAGAUUUAUUCUUUUCUUUUGGAUCACCCUCCGAGGAAGUCGGCUUCCAUUGGACCAGAGCAUCAAGCUGUUAUUCCACAAUGGGGCGCACAUGGAACUAAUAAUACUUCAAGUUAUUUAGAUACGUUUCAAGCAGUUGUUGACUCUGAAGUUGAGAACGAUAAACGACUGAUGGGCACUUGUGUUAUUCCAAUGCCUGAUUCUGAAUUAUCAACUGACGGUGAAUGCGUAGUUGGAAAUGGUAGAACUGAUUGCAGCUGUGAAGAUAAGGCUUCCGUCAGAUGUGUCAGGCAGCACAUUCUGGAAGCAAGAGAGAAAUUUAUAAAGGACAUUGGGAUAGAGAGAUUUGCGGGGCUAGGAUUUUGUGACAUGGGAGAGCAAGUGGCUGAGAAAUGGAGUGACGAGGAGGAAAAAUUAUUCCACCAGGUUGUGUUCUCAAAUCCAGCAUCAUCGGACAAGAAUUUCUGGGACAAUCUUUCAGCGGUCUUCCCCUCGCGAACAAAAAAGGAGAUCGUCAGUUACUAUUUCAAUGUCUUUAUGUUGAGGAAAAGAGCUCGGCAGAACAGAUAUGACCCGGUAAACGUAGACAGUGAUAAUGAUGAAUGGGAGGGGAGUAAUGUUCAUGGUGACAAUGAACUUGGGGUGACAGAGGAUGAUGACUCGGUUGUUGACUCUCCUGGAUAUCAAAAUGAUCUUGGGUAUAAUAGAAGUUGGGGUGGUGAUAUGCAAGAGUAUGAUGAGGAUGUUGUGGAUGAUUCUUGUGAUAAUGUAAAUGUAGAUAUUUAUGGUGGAAGCAUUAAGCAGAUUUCAGAUAGAUGCCCCGGGAAUCUGGUUAACAAUGGCGGUUCCAGUCCCAUAGUUCAGUUUCAGAAAGACAUUGCUUGGGAUGAAAAGGGAGAUCAGGAGGUCCAAGACGAUUCAUGCACUUCCUUUGAGGCAGGAGCUAGCUCCCAAGAUAAUCAGCUGAGGUCUGAAAAUGGAGAUCAUUGGGAAGUUGGUUGUUUCAAUGGGACUAGCAAGCUAGGUGACCAUGAAUAUGUUUUGGAGCCUUGUGAUGCUAAAGUUUGGGACGCUGGGUAUUCUACGUGCCGAAAAAAUAAGGUUGACUUUUUGCCAACUUGCAAUAUGAUUGAAGAGGUUUUUGGAAAAGAUUCUUGGAAUAACUACAAAGCAAGGGAUGGUAAGAACUUGAGUUAGUGUUGCGUGUCCUUAUCAAGAUGGUUGGAAAGCAGCAUUGAGGUGUUCAUAUUCCGUGAACCAUCCGAAAGUUUUUCCUCAGAAUUAAAAAAAAAAAAAAUAUUUUAGGUUAGUUGAGUUUUUCUUUUAUGUACAUUUCAUUCGGUGGGAGAAGGAAGCCUAGCAUUCCUGUGACAUAGUGUAUUAGAAGGUGAAUCGUCUUCAUAUGUUUAGGUCCACCUUUUUUAAUUUUCUUAGCUAGUGAGGAAUUGGAAAGUUCCCCUCAUACAUUCAUAAAGAGAUCCAGAAUUGUCAUCUCUGUAUGGUUACUGAAGAUAUACUGAUAUUGUAAGCUCAACUCUGUACGGCUAUUCUGUGAUGUAGUUUUGUAUUAUUUUCAUAAUGAGAAAUUAUUACAUGAGA